UCAAUUGGAUGUGAAUUUGGGAAGGCAUUAUUUGCAGAUGAUGGAGCCUUGUGGAAGAGGGGAAGAAAUAUUCGUUAUGUGGAGAGAAAGAUACAAGACGCCAUUACGGAGGUGGAAAACUGGUCUUAUGACUGGGGAUUCAAAUUUUCAGUAACUAAAACAAAAUGCAUGGUUUUUACUAGGAAACGUGGAACUGUUUUGAACUUAAGGUUAUAUGGAGAAGCAAUUGAGCAAGUACAUAGUUUUAGGUACCUGGGUGUUAUAUUGGAUACAAAAUUGAAAUGGAGAGAGAACAUUGAUAGUAUAGUAGGGAGAUGUAAGAAAGUCAUAAAUAUAAUGAGAUGCUUGAAAGGUACUGGGUGGGGAGCUAGUGCACAGGCUUUAAAACAAAUAUAUAUUACAAUGAUUAGGUCAGUCACAGAUGAUGGAAUUAUUGUUUACAAUACAGCGUGCAAAACGUUAUUACAUAAAAUAGAAGUCAUCCAAAAUCAGGCUUUGAAAAUAUGCACUGGGGCUAUGAGGUCAACUCCUGCUGUGUCAUUACAAGUUGAAAUGGGGGAAAUACCAUUGAAACUAAGAAUUAAACAGCUGAUGCUUAACUAUUGGGUGAAAAUACAGGGUUGUGUAGGUGUAGAGAACAUGGUUAGGAGGGCUAUUGAUCCUUGUUGGGAAAGUGAUAAUGAGACAAAUGAAAGUGCUGCUUGGAAAUUAGCUAGGUUAGCGAGAAAAGCAAAUAUUCAUGGCAAAACCCUAGUUAAGACGUUUUUGUACCCGACCACUCCUUUCUGGAUUUUUCCAACUGCACAAGUGGAUUUGUAUCUCCAUAGAACAAUGGAGGAUAGAAAAGGGAAGGGAAACUGGGAUGAGAUAACAGCAGACAGAUUAGACACAGUCCAUGCUUCAUUUAUACCCAUAUAUACAGAUGGAUCUAAAGACCCAGAAACAAUGAGAACUGUUUUUUCUUUCUGUAUCCCUACAUUGGACAAAUCUGUUGGAGUUAAGACGUCAAAGGAUCUUUCAGUUUUUGCAGUUGAAAUGUUGGCAAUAUCAUAUAGUUUACACUGGCUAGAACAGAACAGAAUUGGGGAUGGUAUAAUUUGUUCAGAUUCAUUGUCAGCUUUGAUGUCUCUGAAGUCAUACUAUUCUGAGAGCAGAUCAGAUAUAUUAUAUGAAAUUUAUGAGAGUUUGAUCAGGUUGGCAAACUUGAAAAUAAACAUUAGAUUUAUGUGGGUACCAGCACAUAGGGGGGUGGAGGGAAAUGAAAUGGCUGACUUCCUGGCAAAAAGGGCAUUGAAACGGGGAAUAGAGAUAGAAAUUCCAUUAGGUAGGACCGAAUUUAGGGCAAUUAUUAGGAGGCGUACACUGUAAACCCGAAUAGUCCAAUGAGCUAAAAAGUUUUAUAAUCACUGAACUCAAAAGUAACAAACAAGUUGAGUCAGCUUAAAACCUAUAAGCCGAUUCAACUUUUGCCACAGUUAUAUGUUUAUUGGACUAAAACAUUUUGAGUGAAUGAAACCUUGGAGUCAAAACUUAUGAGUAAUGAGACGUGAUGACGUCGUAACGUACGCCCAUGAACGUGAACUCAGCCACAGAAGUCUUCAAGAUGGCGGAGGUCUGAUGCGAGUGUCAGCUGGCCCAAGUUGAUAACGCACAUACGUCUAGUGAACCGGCGGUGCGUUUGAAAAAUAAGAGCGGAGAUGUGAGCUGAGUUUCAUCGCAUCACAAAUGUCAAACUGUUAAAACAGUUUUAUUUUGACCUGGACAGACAGACGCAGAGGAUGCUGAUCUUUUUGAGACAGAAGGCAGCACGAACCGGAAGGCUCUAUGCGACUUUCUGCACCUCUAUGAUAAACAGCAAGAGCAGACUGCUGAUGUCAAAGGUACUCCUGUCCUGCACUGGCUUCUAAUAUACAAACGUGAGGAGGACCCACAGUUCUUCAAAGUUUGGAAUGUAAGUACUUUAUGAUGGAUAUGCUGGUUAAUACUCCAGCUGUGUGGGUAAUACAACUUAACCAUAAAGUCAUGCCAAAGCAAUGUUGUGAGGUAAAGCACAUAGUCUCCUAAAAUAUUGCACUCCAGCUCAUCUGUGCUCCUGUACCUGACCGUGGACCUCGCCUCUGGCUCAUCUCGGGCCCACAGCCGUCCCCUAUUUCAUCUGGAUGACGCCAAUCUGCUGGACUUAAAAAAUGCAGUUGUUGAGCUAGAAAAUGUAAUUCUUCUCAAAGAGUUCUGGUACAUCGCCUGUCCGUCCUGGGGAGGAGUUUUUUAUUUAUUUUAUUUUUAUAAAGGAGUUUUUACUAACUGUGUAAAAGGGUCUAAUGGCAGGGAUGUGAUGUGUGUAAAUGUGAUCCUGUUUUCAGAUGUCAUAUUUUUUUGUGUACAGUGCCUUAUGGAAUCAUGAGGACUCUUACAAAUAGUCUUAUUUUGAUUCCAUUUGAUUUUGUAUUAUAUAAGCUCUGUUCUUCCAGAUCCUUUUCAAGCAAUAAAUCAAGCUCUACAUGACUUUAGUUAAAGAUCACUGUAUUGAAUUAAGCAAAUGUGAUUUAAUUGACGUU